GCUUGAAAAUAGCUUGGCAUUAGACCUGCUUGAUGUUUUCUACAUAUGUGGAGCCACCACCAGAAAUCCCCUGGCCUGGGAGCUGCCUGGCAGAGUGUGGUAGAGAACAUACUCAAAGAGUUUGGCAGAGCCACUGAACAGAAAAUGGAGGAGACUCUUCAGAAGGGAAGUCCUGAACAGGUGAAAAUGCAUAAGGCAGCAGCAGACAUAUCCCAGAGGAGUUGUUCUCAAGUAGAAGUUGAUUCUGAAAAUCAACAAGGGCCAGAAACACAAACGAACAAGUACUCUGAAUCCGGAAUGCAGAAUUGUGUCCCUUCCGAAGGAGACUCUAAGGAAGCAAGAAACCUGCAAGUUCAACAAAGAAAGCGGAUGUCAAGGAAACAGCAUCCGUGCCCUGACUGCGGGAAAGUGUUCAACAGGACCUCGGCCCUCAAUGCGCAUCAGAGAGUCCACACGGGCGAGAAGCCCUACAAGUGUGCAGAGUGUGGGAAGAGCUUCAGUAAGAGUUCGCACCUCAUUGCUCAUCAGAGAAUCCACACGGGCGAAAGGCCGUACACCUGUAUGACUUGUGGGAAAAGCUUCAACCACUCCUCACAUGUCAUUACCCACCAGAGAACCCACACAGGGGAGAAACUCUAUAAAUGCCUCGAGUGUGGGAAAAGCUUCCGGUACAGCUCCGACCUCAUCAGGCACCAGAUCGAGCACGCGGGAGAAAAACCUUACCAGUGCUCCGACUGUGGGAAGUGCUUCAACCGGAGCUCAAACCUCCUUAUUCACCAGAGAAUACACACGGGAGAGAAACCCUACAAGUGCCUCGAGUGCGGAAGGAGCUUCAGCUACAGCUCCGUCCUCAUCAAGCACCAAAAAGUACACACCUCCGAGAAGCCUUAUAAAUGUCCUGACUGUGGGGAAGGUUUUCACGUGAACGCAAGUCUCCUUACACACCGGAGAGUUCACACGGGAGAGAAACACUACUCAUGCUCACAGUGUGGGAAAAGUUUCCGAUGGAUCUCGCACCUUACCAGGCAUCAGAAGAUCCACACAGCAGCGAAACCCGUUUAAACGCUCAAAAUACUGGGAAAUCAUCCGCUGUGUGCUCGGAUCUUAAGUUGGAGUAUACUUUUGUUUAGUGUAUUCUUCCAUAUUAUUCCAUACCAUUCCAUUGAUCUCUUGUCUCAUUUUACAAUGAAAUCCACUUGGGGGAAGGAAUCUUUCCAUAUUAUUCUUUUGUAUUUGUUUGUUUGUUU